AUGGAAGUUACAACGGUUUAUAUAUCGUCGAGGGGGUUUAGUUGUAAAGGCGAAUCAAUUGAAGAUCCAAAAUUAGUUAAAAAGUUGUUAGAGUUAUCUGAUAGGAGAACAGAGCAUUUACUUGGUCUUCUGCCUUUAGUUCCUGGAAUACCUGUUAUUUUAACACAAAAUAUUGCUAUAGAACUGGUUCUUAUCAAUGAAAUGAAUGGGAUCUUUCGACAAAUUGUUUAUGAAGAAGAUUCUGUUUCAACAGACAGUAUCUCAGAAACAUUCCCCUGUGGUACACGAUAUAUCCGUAAACCAUUACGUGCAUUACCACUUGUGCCUGCAUAUGCUAUCACAACACAUAAAAAUCAAGGUCAAACUUUCAAUAAUGUUGUUAUUGAUUUAAAACUGCCAAGUAGAACUGACGAUAUCGCCGCAAUUCAUGUACCACUGUCACGAGUGAAACGUUUGACUGAUCUGAUUAUUUUAAGACACUUCGAUUACAAAACUUUAUUGAUGAAACCAAUCAAACCGCAAGUUAAUGAGACAGAAAGACUAGAUAAACUAUAUACCGAAACACAGUGA